AUGGCCACCACCACUGUCCCGGCCCUGCCUGUUCCCCUUACGGACCUUCCCAAACACCUUGCUCAGCACCCACACACGCCUGUCACACAGCUCUUUGAGCCAUACCGCAAGUAUGAGGCUCCCCUCCGUGAGUGUUUUGCCCAGGACCCUUCCAAUGAGCUCUUGAAGGACCCUCACGUCAACGUCCUUCCUCUUUUCACCGAGGAUACCUCCAGCCUCAACAUCAGAGCCCGCAAUCUGGCGGCCGAGUCCAAGGAGGAGCGUUCCAGAUACAUCAUGCCCCUGCCGAAGGAGCUACGAAGGCCCAAUGGCUCACCAGCGACUGUCAAGGACCUCAAGGAGUUCCGCCGCAACUUCAAUGUCUUUUCUGAGUCUUCGCUCGUUGAGCUUGACUGGAGCAACGUUGUUGCCGCCGGCUCAUCAGUGGUGAACUGCUUGUUGCCAGUGCCUGCUGAAUACAACCGCAACAAGAGAACGCUUCGCGAGUUCUACCACGAGAAGUUCUCACCUGCGUCAGAUGUCGAUCUUUUUCUUUACGGUCUCACCGAGGAGCAGGCCAUUGAGAAGAUCAAGGAUAUUGAGGCCCGAGUCCGCGAUUCUCUUCUUACCGAGACUACCACGGUCAGAACCAAGAACGCCAUUACUAUUUGCAGCCAAUACCCCACUCGCCAUAUUCAGAUCGUUCUUCGAAUUUACAACUCGGUUUCUGAGAUUUUGACGGGAUUCGACAUUGAUUGCUCGGGGGCUGCGUAUGAUGGCAGCCAGGUCUACUGCACUCCACGUGCUCUUCAGUCUUACCUGACCCAGAUCAACCACAUUGAUCUGACUCGGCGCAGCCCUUCCUAUGAGAAUCGCCUUUCCAAGUACUCCCACAGAGGUUUUGAGGUGUAUUGGCCAGACCUCGACCGGUCCCGCAUCGACCCAACCAUCUUUGAGCGGAGCUUCCAGCGCACGCUUGGGUUGGCGAGGCUUCUUGUCUUGGAACGCCUCCCUACCCAAGGGGCGAGAGAGACGUACACUGAUCAGCGUCGCAAGGAGCGAGGCCGGCCAGCGAUUGAUCGCUACAGCCGGAACCAGCACAAGCUCUGGGGCAACAUCAAGGAUGAGCAUGAGGACGAGAUUGCGGACUGGGCUCUUGAGGAUGAGGUCUCCAACUAUCACACCUUCACGAUUCCUUACGGCACCAAGUACCACGCCAAGAAGAUUGAGAAGCUGUGCUACACGAGGGAUUUGCUGCUCAACGCCGAGUGGAACCAGAAGAAGGACAGGGAGGUGUAUCUUCAUCGCCACCCUGCCUUCUUCGGCCGGGUCGAGGACGUGGUGAAUGACUGCUGCGGAUUCUGCCCUGUCCCGACUACGGACCAGGAGAAGGAAAUUGCUGCCGAGGAGGAGAAGUACUUUGUGUCGGGCAAGAUCUCUUUCCUCAAAGAUGAUCCAGGCAGGCAGGCUAUCGGCUCGUUCAAUCCUCUGACGGAUGAUGACUGGACUGAGAUGGCGUAUGUUGGUAACACGGCUCGGCUUUGCCAGGCUAUCGUUGAUGGUGAUGCUGAGCAUGUCAAGGACUGGCUUGCUCAGGAAGGAGUUGAUCCCAAUACUCGGGAUUACACUGGUCGCACCCCUCUGCAUCUUGCUGUCAUGACGUCUACGCCGGAGAUUGUUCGUCUUCUUGUCGAUGCGGGUGCUAGGCUUGUCGCGCGUCUCGCUGAUGGACGGACGGCUCUUCACCUUGCUGCGUCGCGUGGCAGUGUGGAGAUUGUUCAGAUUCUCAUGAACAAGAGCGUUGCUAAUGAGGCGGAGCAUGAGGAGAAGGAGGAGAAGCGCAAGAAGGAGCUUGCUGCGAACAAGACUGAGGAGGAUAAGAUGGAUGUCGAUGAGAAGGAAGAGGACGGUAGCGAGAAGGAAGAAGACGAGGAGUCUGAUGGUGAGAUGAUCGAUGGCGAGGACUCUGACGAUGAGGGCCGGACUACCACCAGUGGAUUUGUCAAGGUUGGGAAGGACGCUGCCGCUGCGGAUGAGCUGGCUUUGGAAGAGGCUGAAGAGGAGCCUGAUUUCUACGAUGUUAACGUCAUCGCCUGGGACACUCCUUGCUCUGCUCUUCACUUUGCCAUCAUGGAGGGUCAUUGUGAGGUUGUCAAGACUCUGUGCCAGGAAUAUGGUGCCGAUGUUCUGCUGCCCGUCAAGUUCUUGAAUAGCAACAAGUCCCCAUACGGGGCGCUGCUCACUCUUGUCCUUGCGCUGGUUUUACCUGUUCCCAAGGCGAAGGAGAUGGCCAAGAUCCUCUUGAGUCUUGGGGCCACCUCAGCCCAGGCCGAUUUGAACGGCGUUACUGCCUUCCACCGUUAUGUCGAGGAGAAUGCCGAGUCGUUGCUUGCCACUCUGUGGGAGCACGAUGCGGUAGGGACCAAGACGGCCAUCAACCACAUCAGCAUGCGUGACCAGUAUUCGACCGCAGAGACGGCUCUCGGCGUUGCUAUCAAGAAAGGAAAUCUUUCUUUGAUUCUUCAAUUGCUCGACCAUGGCGCUGUGCCUCAGAUUGACUUUGAGAGCUGGCUGAAGUCGGCGAGACAGUCAGCCGCCAUCGAGAGGAACCUGGGCACUUUGGAGGGCAACAAGAAGAUGUGGAACGAGAUGACGGAGCAGCCCCUGAUUCUCGCCAUCAACUCCACCGAUCCCUCCUCGGCUCUCGAGCUCCUCAAGGCUGGCGCCGACCCCAACGUUGUCACGAUGGAGUCUCACAAGCAGAUGGGCCGUUCGUGGGUCACGGUGGUUAACGGAGAAUCUGCCCUCGAUCUUGUGAAUACCUACCUCAUCCGUCUCAAGGAAUUCCUUGACAAGAAGAAGGAUGUGCCCAAGGCCCCAGAGCUUCGUGAGGAUCUUGACAGCUGGCUCGAUCAGUACGAGAAGUCAUCGUACCAGUAUGCGAUUGCCUCUGCCGAAAUUGCCAAACUGAAGGCUGUACACAAGGACCAGAUGAGGCAGUAUGAGAAAGAGCUUGCUUCGACUGAGGAACCUGAGGGUACGGCCGAGAAGAGGACGGCAGUCUUGCAAGCGUUUGUCACGUUGGCAAAGGUGAAGGAGGCACUUGUUGAGAAGGGGGCGAAGACCUUCGGAGAGCUUUUCCCGGCCUACAAGGCCCCUGACCCGUUCCCUGACGUCAACACCCCGUACGCGCAAGCAGGCAAGGUUGUGCAGCCGAUUGUCGACCCGACGAGGCGCCUGUUCCAUUUGCAGAAUGUCUUUGAUGUGACAGACAAGAGACUGCCUGCCUACAUCUCUUUGUUCGAAGCCGCUUGGUUGGGCGAUCUUGACAAGAUCAAGAAGCUCUGCUUGACCUCGUGGGACGAAGAGCAAACCGAGGCUCCGCUCAAGAUUGCCUUGUACGACAACAAGGGCAACUCUCCCUUCUCGCUGGCGUACUUCCGCGGCCAUCAUGAUGUCGCCAAGGCGAUCCUUGAGAUUGCCCAGGCGCAGUACACGCCGAGGGAGAAGCCUGAGGCCGAGUACAAGAUGCACGUCAAUGACACUUAUGAGGAUGAUUGCUCGAUGGAUGACUCGGACAACGAGUCGGUCUGCAGCGGCGGAUCUGGGCCUGACAUUUACAGGCACAUUGUUGGCGGCGAGUUCACCAUUGAAAACAUAGGAGAGGUUUCGAUGAAGGUGAAGAGCCAUACCAAGCCUUCUGAGAUUCUGCACAGGAACUAUCCCAAGCCUGGGGAGAAGGGUCGGCAGUAUGGCCUGCUGUCUCGUGCUGUCUUUAACAAUGACAUGCAAGCGCUCAAGUUUGUUCUCGGUCUCGCUGAGCGGUUUGCUGCUGAUGGUGGAGCUGAGGACAAGCAGACCUUUUACCCGUUUCCUGACUCUGUUUUCAAGCUGGCUAUCCAGAAGGGCCACACUGAGCUGCUGGCCGAGAUCAUCAAGCGCACUGGUGCUGGUUUGCCUCUCGAGAACUUGGUGAAGAACACGGGUGUUGAGAUCGCGGAGAAGCCGACUUACUAUCAGGGAUUGACCGUGUACGGGAAGAAGAGAAAGGACUGGGCGACUCAGGGCCGCAACUCCGCUCCGGGAGCUCGUGGUCUUGAGAGCUCCCCUUUGUUGCUUGCUGCUCAGUCUGCUCAGAUUGCGAGUGUUGAGUGGUUCCUCAGUGAUGCUCCGCUGAGGCACUAUCUUUCGUUCUGCAAGAGCAAGGCGGCUAGGGAGGAUGUUCGGAUCAAGCACUUGGGACAGCAGAAGGGUGGCUUUGAGGGUGCCAUUUCGAAGUGGCUGACUGACAACAGCGACUUAGCCAUCCACGCUGCUGUGUACACCCGUCCAACACAGAAGUCGAUCGACUUGGUGGAAUACCUGCUCAAGGUUCGCCCCGAGUCCAUCGAUUCCAAGGACCGCAACGGCGCUACUCCCUUGAUGGCAGCUUGCAGGCUUGGUCGUGUCGAAAUCGCAAAGCUUCUGGUCGAGGCCGGCGCCGAUCAAAAGACCAAGGACGCCAACUUUGACAACCUCUUGCACGCCGCGCUGCGCUGGAAGCCCACUCGCGAGCAGCUCAAGCCUCUCCUGGACCUUCUCGGCCGCGACCUCCUCGUCCGCAUGCUCAAGGAGCGCAACAACCUCAAGACAGAAGGCCACACCCCCUUGCACACCUGGCUCCUCCAUUUCACCCACUACACCAACCAAUACGCCUACAAGAGCCUCGCCGACGCAGCUGCCGUCUUCAACCUCGUGGCCGACCUCUCCCCGGACGCGACCCGCCAAGCCCUCCGUAUGCUCGACGGCGCGGGCAACACGCCCCUUCACUCCCUCCUGAUGGGCGACACAGAGCACGGCCUGAUCGGCUUCCUCCUCAACUUUGAGCCCUCCCUUCUCCUCGUCGAAAACGCGGUAGGCCGGACCCCAGCGGAGCUCAUCCACGAGAAAUUUGUGUCGAGCAAAGUCAAGGUUGAGAACCAGCCACAACAAAACUACUACUGGUACAACCGCCACGCCAACACGGCCGACGCACUUGCCGUACGAAACAUUCACACUGCCGACCCGAGAAUAUUUGUCAACCAGGGCGUCUGCGCCCAGUCGGCGGCUAAACACGCCGAGAUCAACCUUGCAAAGACUUUCUUCCUCUGCAAGGAUUAUCUUGCUAGAAUGGAGAACCCCAAGCGCAGUCUGGUAAGCUUGCACGCGGCGAAUAUGGUUUCGCAGAGGUUGGGCAAGGAGUAUGAGAGGGGGAGGUACAAGUAUGAUCUUGGGGAGGUUGUCAAGGGGGUGGAGGAUGUUGCUCUUGUUGCGGGAAGUGGAUAUGAACAGGAGGGACACCAGAAGAAGCAGGGAAAGGACCCAGUGGUUGGUGGGAGCAUGUUGUUUUCGCAGGGG